CUUUUGUUUUGAAGCUGUUGUGAUUCAAACACAAAACAAGCUCUGGAACUGUAAUAUUUCUUUCUCUAUGGAUCAGGCAAUUCUUCUUCUGCUUUUGUUAAAAUACAUAUUUCAGGGUUCAGAAAGUCUAGACUGUGAUCAAGUGAAAAAGCCUGCCAGAGCAGUUUUGAUGGAAUGGACUGAAUUGCUCAAAGGAGAAGAUCCAGACUAUUAUAUUAUAACAUACCAGCUUUCAGAGGCUUUCAGUCAAAAAAACAUAAGAAAUGUUUCUAAAGUUGAACGGAAACCUCUCAGUACUACAAUUCUGCUUGAAGAAAAUGAAAAGUAUGAUAUUACAAUAGAAUCCAUAAAAAAUGGACAAAUUUUAAGUGAAAAAUCAUUUAAGACACGUGGAAUUUCAGACAACGACAUCAAAAUGUUUGCGACAGCUACUACUGUGUCUUUUAAUUGGAGUACAGUGACCAACGAAUUUUCAGUUUCAGUUUCAUUGAAUGAUAGUUCUUACAUUACACAAAAAAACACUGGAUUUUUUGUAUGGAGUAAUUUGACACCUGCCACCUUAUAUACAUUUAAGCUUAUAUUUGAACAAUUAUACCUUGGAUUUAUGAAAGUGUCUCAAUUACUGGAUGUUCAAGCUGAAACAGGUGCCUGUUCACAAGGGUGGCUAGCGUUUCAAGGCAGCUGCUACAAAAUGAGCAAAGAGAGCAAGCCAUGGAAGAGGGCUCAACAAAUCUGUGAGCUGUCAUCACAAGGGGCACAUCUUCUUGACGUAGGCAGUGAAGAAGAACAUGCUUUCAUUUUGUCUUAUCUCCGGACAGUCAGUCAAAUAAUCAUGUUAUGGACAGGUCUUAAUGACAUAAAGGAAGAAGGUCAGCUCUUGUGGACAGAUGGAUCUCCUUAUUUUCAGAAAGCUGGUAUCUCAUCUUUGUCAAUGAUACCAGAAAAUGAAACUGACUGCUAUGCUCUUCAGAGAGAUCCUGCUGGUCCAGACUAUUUCUUCACAGGAUUUUUCUGCUAUAUUCAUCUGCCAUAUAUUUGUGAAUAUGAAUUACCUUCGGUACCUGGAAAUGUCACAUUUAGCGUGCAUGAUGUCAAGACAACUGAAGCUGUGUUUAUGUGGAGUAAUCUGGAUAUCUGGCUUAAAUCAGACUUUGCACUUAUAAUUAAGUACUAUUUUGAUAAUUUGAAACCAUACAUUGUGAGCUUGCCUGUGAAUACAACCCAAACAAAAGUUACCCAGUUGUCCCCAGGCCUCUUCUAUAGAUUUUUAUUAGCAGCAAGGAACCCAGAAGGGGCCCAAACUGUCAUAAGUCCAAUUCUGAAGGUGGAAACAAGGCCAUUGCACUCCCAGAAGUUAGAGGCUACGUAUGUUUCAGCUACGGAAAUACAUUUAAAGUGGAAGCCUCCGCAGCAUUCAUCUAGUGCUUCUUUUCAUUAUUACCUUAUCAACCUUUUGGAUGCUGAAACCAAUAUCCGGGAGAAGUUACCUGUAGAAAAAAACAAGACUUCAACAGUAAUAGGAAAUUUAAAACCUCAUCAUCAGUAUGAGAUAUAUUUGCAGAAUGUAGCAGAGAAAGGAACUCUAAGCUGCCACGAGAAGGCUAUACUAAUCACAACAGGUGUCAGUCCACCUACAACUGUUUUUAUUCACCCUGAGGACGUGCAAGAAGAGAGUGUAAUUCUUCACUGGAAACUGUCACAAGAUGGUCAGGAAUCCUACAUUCAAGUGAAACCUAAUUCAAACAUAGGUGAAACUAUGAAGUUUUUAGUAAACAACACAGAAGACUUUAAGAUUGAUCUCCUAAUUCCUGGCAUGACUUAUGAAAUAUCAGUGGCAAGUGUGGACGGUGGAAAUAUGAGUGAACCAAAGACCAUUCAGUUUACCUUAAAGCCCAAGCCUGUUCAAAUUGUAGUUCCGUAUGAGCUUUAUAGUCAUGCUGUGGUGUUAUUUGUUCGUAUGCCUGAUAUUGGAGUAUUCGAUGGCAUAUAUGUUACAAGUAAAGGAGGACCUAAUAUGACAUUCAUUUUAAAGAGUGAUGCUAAAAUAAUAAUUGAAAACCUGAUGCCAGGUACAGAAUAUGAUUUCUACAUCUCCACAAAAAGCAGAAACAUGUUGAGCGCCUUUUAUCAUGUAUCUGGUGUAAAAACAUGUCUGGCAGCUCCACUGAAUGUACGUGAAGGUAAUGUUACAGACACUUCAAUACAGAUUGCUUGGGAUCGUGCUGAUGGAGAUUUUCAGCAAUAUGAAGUCACAUGUACAAAUUGUGCAGGUACUUUUAAGGUCCAGAAGGUCAAGGAAGAAACGGCAGUGUUUUCCAACCUUAUACCUGGUAAGCUGUACAAUUUUACAAUUCGGACAGAAAAGGAAGGUUUCAGAGACAGCAUUUUUGUGAUAAAGGAAAUAGAGACAGUACCAAGCCCAGUUAAAUAUCUGAACUAUAGCAGAGACUCUGAAUCAAUAACUGUUACCUGGCCCCCAGCGCAAAAUAUGUUUGAUGGAUAUAUUAUUUCAAUAAGCAGUAAGGUCUUCAGCAAAGAGAAAAUGUUACUUUCUGGUGUAAGAAUGUACAAAUUUGAGGAUCUUCUACCAGGCACUAAUUUCUUAAUCAGUAUUGUGAUGACCAACGGAUUAAAGAGGAGUUACCCCACCAUCCUCAAGAUUAGCACCUAUCCUGCUCCACCAUCAGAUUUGCAGGUGUUUGGGCUUGAAGAAAAUACAGUCUAUUUGUCUUGGAAACUGCCAAGAGGAGGAUUUGAUAUGUUUCAGCUUUCAUAUUGUUUGAUGAACAACGGAAAGCUACUUACCAGAACUAUUUAUGACAGCAGAGCUGUAGUGAAAAAUCUGACUCCCGGGACAGAAUACUUGUUUCAGUUAAGGACAAUUAAAGGCUUGGAUUUUACUAUGGCUGUGGAGAAAAAGGUCGUCACAAAACCAGCUGGGAUAUGUGGUCUGGCAUUAAAAAUGGUUAAUACUUCCUCUGCAACUUUAAUGUGGAAUCCAACCAAGACUAACUUCACUUCUUAUAAAGCAUCUUUAUCAAACAGCACCUUUAUAAACAAGUUUAGGAUUCCGGGAGCACUGACUGACUUCAGUGUUACAGACCUGACUGCCGGGAGCAUCUAUAAUUUCACACUGCAAAGACUGAGAGGCAAUAUUGAAGGAGCUUCUGCUUUCAUUGAAAUUGUAACAGAACCUGCAAAACCAGAAGGGCUUAAAUUCUUCAAUGUUUCAUCACAUUCCUUUUCAUUGUAUUGGAGAGUACCCUAUGGACAUGUAGACAGAUUUCAUGUGGAUCUUAUUCCUGAUCAUGGUUCUGUUGUUAUCCUAGAUCUUGGAGCUAGGGAGUAUCAAGCUGAUUUUUCUAAUACUGCUCCUGGAAUGACAUACAAUGUGACAGUUUCUGCAGUGUCUUCUUCAAUAUACAGUUCACCUGCCAGUAGAACAGUGACAACAAACGUGACCAAUCCUGGGCCCCCUUUGUUCCUUGCAGGUGAAAAAGUGGGCUCUGCCGGCAUUCUGUUGUCGUGGAAUACACCAUUGCAUCCAAAUGGGAGGAUUCUGUCCUACAUUGUUAAAUACAAAGAGGUCUGCCCAUGGAUACAAACAGCUUAUACACAAGUUACAACAAAGCCAGAUAGUUUGGAAGUUCUUCUUACCAGUCUUAACCCUGGAACAACUUACGAAAUUACGGUUGCUGCUGAGAACAGUGCUGGUGUUGGAGUAUUUAGUGAUCCCUUUCUUUUUCAGACUGCAGAAAGUGCUCCAGGAAAAGUAGUGAAUCUCACAGUUGAAGCCUUAAAUUAUUCAGCUGUAAAUCUGAUAUGGUUUCUCCCUCGGCAACCAAAUGGAAAGAUAACUAGUUUCAAGAUUAGUGUGAAACAUGCAAGAAGUGGAAUCAUUGUGAAAGAUGUCUCUGUUAAAGUAGAGGACCUUCUGUCUGGGAGGUUACCAGAAUGUAAUGAUAACAGUGAAUCCUUUUUGUGGAGUACUACCACUCCUUCAACUACUUUUGGCAAAUCCACAAUUCCUUCACGGACUACAGUUACACCAAAUGCAGUGGCACCUAGUCAAAUGAGCUCUGUUUGGAAUGAACCAGUUAGUUUUGUUAUAACUAACCUCAGACCAUACACCACCUAUCUCUUUGAAGUCUCUGCGGUUACCACCGAACCAGGUUACAUUGACAGUGCAAUUGUCCGGACACCAGAAUCAGUUCCAGAAGACCCACCACAAAAUUUUGCCAAGAGCAACAUUACAGCAAAGUCUUUCUUGGUGACUUGGGACCCACCAACCAUAGUAACAGGAAAGUUUGGUUAUAGAGUUGAGCUGUAUGGACCAUCUGGUCAUAUUCUGUAUAAUAGCACGAAAGAUCUGAAGUUUGUAUUUAGUAACCUUGUGCCGUUUACAACAUAUGAUGUGUAUGUUGGUGCUGAGACAAGUGCUGGGGUGGGGCCAAAGACUAACCUUACAGUUUUCACUCCUGCAGAUGUCCCAGGUGCUGUAUCUGAUUUACAUCUAGCAGAAGUGGAAGCCACAUACAUAAAAAUUGUUUGGAGGAAGCCACAACAACCAAAUGGUAUCAUUACCCAGUACAGAGUUAAAGUAUAUGUGCAGGAAACAGAGGUGACUCUAGAAAACACUAUCCUCAAAGGAAAAAUGAAGUAUGCAAUUGAUUCUUUGGAACCAUACACGUUAAGUGAAAACAUCAAGCCUUCUCCCACCUGGAAUUCAAUGGAAGCAGCCAAUGAAUUAUAUGAAGGCUCAGCUGAAAUGUUUUCCAAUACUCAAACAGCUUCCCCAGUAAUAUUUACAAGUGUAUCUGGUGAUAAUUUGCCUGCAAUAAAUGGAGCUGCAGAAUUACAUUCUGCUUUGGAUGAUCAGUAUACCAUUAAUAUUUUGACUGAAGAACUGUCGUAUGUUAUAAAAGACCUUCUACCUUUCACGGAAUACACAAUCAGUGUGUCUGCUUUCACUACUAUUGGAGAAGGGCCACCAUCUAUUCUCACAGUCAAGACACGUGAACAAGUUCCAAGCUCAGUACAAAAUAUAUCGUAUAAGAAUAUUAGCUCCUCCUCUGUUCUGCUAUAUUGGGAUCCUCCAGCAAAUCCUAAUGGGAAAAUCAUUCAUUAUACCAUAUAUGCAAUGGAACUGGAUACAAAAAGAGCAUUCCACACAACAACUUCAAAUAACAGCUUACUUAUGACAGGUUUAAAAAAAUAUACAAAUUAUAAAAUGAGAGUUGCGGCCUCUACCACUGUUGGAGAAGGUGCUCUGUCUGAAGAGAAUGAUGUUUUUGUGAGAACUCCUGAAGAUGAACCAGACUCCCCACCCCAAAAGGUGGAGUUAAUAGAUGUAACUGCAACGGAAAUAAACCUGAGAUGGUUACCACCUGAGCAGCCUAAUGGUCUCAUAACUCACUAUGAAGUUCUCUACAGUGAUUCCAAUGAUUUAUUUAUUAAAAAUACUUCAAGUACAAGUACAUCACUAAGUGAAAUGAGGCCAUAUACUCUCUACAACAUCUCUGUAAGGGCAUUCACGAGACUUGGCCAUGGGAAUCAGUCAUCUUUCCCACUUUUGGUGAGAACAUCUGAAACGGUUCCUGAUUCUGCACCAGAAAACAUAACCUAUAGGAACAUUUCAUCCAUGGAAAUUGAAUUAUCAUUUUUUCCACCAUCUGUUCCCAAUGGAAUCAUACAGAACUACACAAUAUAUCUGAAGAGGACUAAUGGGACUGAGCAAAGAGUCAUAAACACUACUCUUCUGAUACUAUAUAUUGCAGAUUUGAAGAAAUACACAGAAUAUACAGUAGAGGUGUCUGCUAGUACCUCAGUGGGGGAAGGCCUUCGUAGUGCGCCUGUGCAUAUACUCACUGGUGAAGAUGCUCCUAGUUCUCCUCCAGAAUUCCUUUCAGUAAAACAGUUGUCGGGUGUCAUUGUGCAGUUGUCAUGGAAACCUCCACUGGAGCCAAAUGGAAUUAUCCUCUAUUACACAGUUUACGUCUGGAGUAAAACGUCAAAAAGGAGUGUUAAUGUAACAGGAACAUCACUGCAGCUCACAGACCUGGAAAAUAACUAUGAUUAUAGUGCUUAUGUAACAGCAAGUACAAGAUUUGGAGAUGGAAACAUAAAAAGUGAUGCUAUAACAUUCAGAACACCUGAAGGAGCACCAAGUGAUCCGCCAAAAGAUGUUGUGUAUAGAAACCUUACUUCCACAUCAAUAAUGCUAUUCUGGUCUCCUCCUCAAAAGCCUAAUGGAAUUAUACUGUAUUACUCAGUUUAUUUCAAAAAUAAUUCAGGAAUUUUCAUACAGAAUUUCACAAGUUAUGGUAACGACAGUCGUGGUGUCAAUAUAUCUCAGUCUGCAAUUCUGGAUGACCUGGCAAAAUACAGCUAUUAUACUCUGUGGUUAACUGCAAGCACAGCUGUUGGAGAUGGAAACAAAACCAGUGAAAUAAUAGAUGUGUAUACAGAUCAGGAUAUCCCAGAUGGUUCUGUUGAAAAUCUGGUCUAUGAAAACAUUUCCUCAUCUUCUGUAAAUGUAAGCUGGCUUCCACCAUCUCAGCCAAAUGGUUUAGUCUUCUUUCAUGUUUCUCUAAGUUUAUUGCAUCUGGAAACCAAAAUGAUACUGUCUUUCCUUACUUACAACACAAGCAUUAUUUUUGACAAUCUGGAGAAAUACACUGAUUACGUUCUGAAAAUCACACCAGCUACUGAAAAAGGAUCUUCUGAACUGCAUGCUCUAAGUCUGCAUAUCAGAACUGAUGAAGAUGUCCCAGAAUCAUCACCUAUAAUCAAAACGUACUCAAAUCUCUCAACUACCUCAGUUAUGCUUUCAUGGGACCCUCCUGUUAAGCCAAAUGGUAUCAUUAUAAGUUAUGAUUUGAAUUUAUUUGGCCCAGAAAGGAAUAAUUCAUUCUCUACCUCCAAUAAUUUUGUGAUCUUGGAAGACCUUGCACCAUUCACGCUGUACAGCAUUUACACAUCUGCAAGAACUACAAAAGGACCUGGUCCAUCUGCCAUGCUUCUCUUCUACACAGAUGAGUCAGUGCCGUUAGCUCCACCUCAGAAUUUGACCAUUAUGAACUACACUGCAGAUUCUGUAUGGCUAAAAUGGGAUCCAAGUCCUCAGCCGAAUGGUGUUAUUAUGAGAUACAAUUUUAAGAUUUAUCAAAACAACAGUGAAAAAAUAUUUUAUUGGAAUGUUUCAGGUUCAAACAAUGAGGCCAACCUUGCUGGAUUAGAACCAUUUAGCACCUAUAUUAUCAGUGUGUCUGCAUAUACCAAACUUGGGAACGGCAAUCAGUUCAGUAAUGCUGUCCAAUUUACAACAAUGGAAUCAGUACCAGAUGUUGUCCAGAAUGUUCAUUGUAUUGCAACGAGCUGGCAAUCAAUCCUAGUGCAGUGGGACCCCCCUGCCUCAUCAAACGGUGUGAUUACUCGUUACGUCGUAAUAGUUGAAGGAAAUUCUAUGAACUUUUCUUCUUAUGAUAAGCUACAUACUUUUAGAAAUCUACUUUCCAAUAUUUCUUACCAAUUUAAAAUAAAAGCCGCAACAUCAGCUGGUGAUGGUGAAGAACAAAUAUGCAUUGCCAGUACGCUUCCAGAAAGAGUUCCCAGUGCUCCCAGGGAUAUUGGUUUUUCCAAUGUGCAAUCAACAAGUGUGACCUUGAAUUGGAGAACACCGAAAUCUAUCUUUGGCUACUUUCAAAACUACAAGAUUACCACACAGCUACAGUCUGUCCACUGCAGUGACUGGGAAACUGAGGAAUGUAUUGAAUAUGAGAUGCAUCAGUAUUUAUAUGAAAAUAUUGUGGAUGACCAGAUAGAAGGGACAGUUUAUGGACUAAAAAAAUACAGAUGGUACAGAUUUGCUGUUGCUGCCAGUACAAAUGUUGGUUAUGGCAGUUCUUCACCUUGGAUUUCUACACAAACACUUCCUGGUUCUCCAGAUGGUCCUCCAGAAAAUGUGACUGUAUUAGCUACAUCUCCUCACAGUAUUAAUAUCAGCUGGAGUGAACCUGUCAUCAUUACUGGACCAACACGCUACCUCAUAGACAUAACCUCAGUAGAUAAUGACAAUUAUAAAGCUCAGUUUCUGAAGACAAACGAUGAUAGUAAAGCCUUAGAAAUUUCUGAUUUAAAAGCAUUUACAAGGUAUUCUGUAAUCAUCAUUGCCUUUACGGGAGAUGUUAAUGCUGCACCCAUUGAAGGCAAGGCUAGUUCUCCAGUAAUUGUCUCCACUUUUGAAGCAGUGCCAGAAGACCCACCUAACAACAUAACAUUUCAGAAGAUUCCAGAUGAAGUAACAAAGUUCCAAGUAACAUUUGUGCCGCCAUCUGAACCAAAUGGGAAUAUUCAGGUGUAUCAAGCUAUGGUCUACAAUGAAGACAACCCUGCUGCCGUCCAGAUCCACAACCUUAGUGUCAUUGAUAAAACAGAUCAGUCAGUCACGGCUGUGAUAGAAGGGCUAAAGGGAGGACAUACAUAUAAUGUCAGCGUGUAUGCAAUUAAUGGUGCUGGUGCAGGACCAAAAAUUCAACUGAAAAUAACCAUGGACAUCAAAGAACCACCACGGCCUAAUAAGAAACCAGCACCAGUUUAUGAUACCAAUGGGGCCUUACUUGUCACAGCUACAACGAUUACUAUCAGAAUGCCAAUAUGUUAUUAUAGUGAUGAUCAUGGUCCUAUCAAGAAGAUACAAGUUCUUGUUGCAGAAACUGGAGCUCAGCAUGAUGGGAAUGUUACUAAGUGGUAUGAUGCCUACUUCAACAGACCAAGGCCAUAUUUUACAAAUGAAGGUUUUCCAAACCCACCCUGUAUAGAAGGAAAGGAAGGAAUGAGUGGUAAAGAAGAGAUAUAUGUCAUAGGUGCUGAUACUACAUGUAUGACACCAGGCAGUCAAGACAAAAUAUGCAAUGGCCCACUGAAACCAAGAAAGCAGUACCUAUUUAAGUUCAGAGCAACUAAUGUUAAAGGACAGUUUACAGAUUCUGACUAUUCUGACCCUGUCAAAACCUUAGGUGAAGGACUGUCAGAAAGAGCUGUGGAAGUUAUACUUGCAGUUACUUUGUGUAUACUAUCAGUUGUCCUUCUGGUGGCUGCAGUCUACGCUUUUGCAAGAAUUCGGCAAAAGCAAAAAGAGGGGGGCACAUACUCCCCAAGAGAUGCUGAAAUUAUUGACACUAAGUUCAAACUGGAUCAGUUGAUCACAGUGGCAGACCUGGAGCUGAAGGAUGAGAGAUUUACACGGCCAAUAAGCAAGAAAUCCUUCCUACAACAUGUUGAAGAGCUUUGCACAAACAACAACCUAAAGUUUCAGGAAGAAUUUUCGGAGCUUCCCAAGUUUCUUGAAGACCUUGCUUCAACUGAUGCUGAUUUGCCUUGGAACAAGUCUAAGAAUCGUUUCCCAAACAUAAAGCCAUAUAACAACAACAGAGUAAAGCUGAUGCCUGAUGCUGGUAUUCCCGGAUCUGACUACAUUAAUGCCAGCUAUGUAUCUGGCUAUUUAUGUCCAAAUGAGUUUAUUGCAACUCAGGGACCAUUACCAGGAACAGUGGGUGAUUUCUGGAGAAUGGUGUGGGAGACUAGAGCAAAAACACUUGUGAUGCUUACACAAUGUUUUGAAAAAGGACGGAUAAGAUGUCAUCAGUAUUGGCCAGAAGAUAAUAAACCAGUGACUGUAUUUGGGGAUAUAGUGAUUACUAAAUUGAUGGAAGAUACUCAGAUAGACUGGACCAUCAGAGAUCUGAAAAUUGAAAGGCAUGGAGACUGCAUGAUGGUGCGGCAGUGCAAUUUUACUUCCUGGCCAGAACAUGGAGUCCCCGAAACUACUGCACCAAUUAUCCAUUUUGUAAAACUUAUCCGUGCAAGCCGAGCGCAUGAUACUACACCGAUGGUGGUUCACUGCAGUGCUGGUGUUGGAAGAACAGGAGUUUAUAUUGCACUUGACCAUUUAACUCAACAUAUAAAUGAUCAUGAUUUCGUGGAUAUCUAUGGACUUGUAGCUGAGUUAAGAACUGAAAGAAUGUGUAUGGUACAGAAUCUGGCACAAUAUAUAUUUUUGCAUCAGUGUGUACUGGAUCUGUUAACAAGCAAGGGAAGCAGUCAGCCCAUAUGUUUCGUAAAUUAUUCAGCACUGCAAAAGAUGGACUCUCUGGAUGCCAUGGAAGGUGACGUGGAGCUUGAAUGGGAAGAAACUACCAUGUAAAUAUUAAAACUAAAUAUUAAAAAUAUCAAGGUCUUAAAAAUCAAAGUCAUAUUUUUUUAAGCACAGGGGCCAAAGUGAAUUCCCCUAUUUUAGUGAUUAAAACGAAGACAAAUGAUUGAAACUGUUUUCUUCUAUCAAUGUGCCUUCAUAAAUAUAUUUUAAUCAGAUCACUGAGCAAUAAGGAGUUGCAAUAGUUUUGCAGAGACUGCACUUCUUCUUGUUAUAUGAAUAAUGCGUUUAAUAUGUAUUUAAACUGAAAGUGUGUUCUGAACGUAUUUCUUUUUUCCAGUUAUCUUUGUAAAAGAGGAAAAAUGAGCCAAAUAUGAUGUAAAAAAUUCAUAUUCCCAGUGCAUUUAUUUUGGACUGAAUUUGCUGUAUUCUUUGUGUUUUGGUUUUGAAGCAUUCUUGCUAGAUUGGUUUCAAUGUUGUUUUCAGUUCUUGCAGAUUAACUCCAAUACCAUCUUAGUGAUCUUUACCUAAAUGUACAUUCUUGUGUUUUGAAUCUUGUUUUAUGAGUGGUAGCAUAUCAACUCAUGAUCCUGAACAGCUGAAGAGUCACCUUCUGACAUAGGGAGGAUUAUUCAGCUUUUACACAGCACACAGUAGCUCUUCAGGGACACUUGGGGCUAUUUAAGCUACGUUAUAAUCAGUGGGUUGGUUUUUUUUUUAAUAUACAUGGUGAAUGCAUAUGUUCAGUGUUGAAGAAAGCAUUUUACAUUCUUGCUACUUUUGGUAAGCAGAUAAAAUAAAAUAAAGCUGCAAAUUUAUUAUAUAUUAUAAUGAAUGUUAUUACAUUUGAGUAAUGGAAUGUUUAUAAUUUAGUCAAAUGUCUUGAAUGUUACACUGUAUAGCAUACUUACAAGGAAUACACAAAAUUUAAUACUAAAAUAUAUUACAACACAGAGGUAUCAACUAAAAAGGCUGUUGCUCCUUUGUGAGCUUUGGUGAAUCACUGUAGACAUUGAGAAGUAUGUGAGGUAAUAUUUGGGGAUUUAAUAAAAGGAAACAUCUUCUACUCCCACUGGUAAUCAUUAUCAGAGAUCUGAAACAGGAAUGAGAGAAGCAGGAAGCUGUUGCCUGAGAAACAAAGCAAAAACUGGUGGAGUAGGAGGACUACAGAGAAGUAAUUAUACCAUGUGCCCUGGUUUUACAUAGGAGUGGUAGUGUUUGAUUGAUAUCAUUGGGGUGUUUCAUUGCUCUUUCUUUUCUCUCCAUAAAGAAAUGUAUCAUUCUGAAUAAUGCUAAAGCUGUGACCUAAAUCUGAGUUUCAAAACAUAUAAUAGCAAAGAGACUUCAGAGCUGCCAUCUUACAUUCUGUUUAGAAAGAAGCAAUCCGUAGCCUCGUUUGGGGGACAAGCUCAGGAAAAUCCGACACCUAGAAAGGGGUGUGGAUGUAUGUGUGGGUGUGUGCACACGCUCUGAACAGAAGAGUAACAAAACUUUCCAUCUCUUAACUGUAGCUACUAGACAGAAAAUACUGUAUAGUACGUAGCUUGAUAUUAAUGUGUAAGUACAGGAUAGUAGGUGUUUGAUAUCUUUUCAGAAUCUGGCAAGGGCGGUGCAGUGAGGACUCUUUGUAAAUCAGUUGAGGACCCUUUGUAAAUCGGCAGAAAGUGCCAUAUAUCUAAAAUGAAAAUCAAAAGGCAGCAUUUAAAGAGAUGGAAAUAGUCUACAGAGGUAUUUUGGAGAAGCUGUCUUUCAGGAAGACUGACAGUAUUGUAAACAUCACCUGUCAAGCUAAAAGGAAAACAAUGCCUUUUAAAGCUGGAUAGAGGGAGAGAGAGGUGAUGUCCACAGCUGUUCAAGUCUCUGGCAAAGCAUUCUGUACAGCUCUAGUUUCAUUUGGUUCAUAUGAAACAUGUGUUCUUCAUUUAUUAUACAUGUGCUUUAAAGUAUUCUGACAGAUUGCUUAUGGGGGCUUACAGAUGUUUUUCAUGAUUUGUAUUUGUACUUGGUAGCAGUACAUGCAGCACUGUGAUAAAUUGACAUCACAGAGCCAUAAUCUUGUAUAAUCUUGUAUCCACAAGGCUGGAAUAUAUAUAUGUGUGUGUAUCAUUCCUCUUGUUUUAAGGAAAAAGCUAAUAAGCCUUACUAAACUUACAGAUGAACUCCAAA